UUGAAUAAGAUAAGGGAGAUAUUCAGACUUUCAGUCUACAUGCACUUUGCUGAGGUCGAGGAUCUCAGUCUCACACCUAACCAGACCAGAGAGUUUGCAAUCUAUAUCAACGAAGUAAAAAUUGCUGACUUCAGUCCUAGAUAUCUUCAAACAGAUACCUUCUUCUUGAAGCCUGAGAGCCAAACUAAUAUAAAGUUUUUGCUCGUGAGAACACCAACAUCUACGCUUCCGCCUCUCAUUAACGCUCUAGAGAUCUACGUAGGAAACACUUACGCGCAGUCUUUCACUAGCCAAGAGGAUGAUGAUGCCGUUACGAGUGUAAAGAUGAGCUAUAAAGUGAAGAGAAACUGGCAGGGAGAUCCUUGUCUGCCUAAUAGCUACAUUUGGGAGGGACUGAACUGUAGUUAUGCUAGUCUUGCUCCUCCUAGAAUCACAUUAUUGAACUUAUCUUCGAGUGGGUUAACAGGUCAAAUAUCUCCCUCCUUCUCUAACCUCACAAUGAUUGAACAGCUAGACUUAUCAAACAAUGAAUUAACCGGAGACAUUCCAGAGUCACUGUCAGGACUGAAGUUCUUGAGAGUUUUAAAUCUAGAGAAGAACAAGCUAACGGGUUCAGUUCCAUCUGACUUAUUAAAAAGAUCAAACAGCGGAUCACUCUUGCUAAAGGUAGGAGACAAUCCAGGACUCUGUACCGAGGUUUCUUGCGGAAAAAGCAACAAGAAAACACUAGUAACUGCGCUCGGCGCAUCACUGGCAGCAUUGUUCAUUCUCCUUUUAUUGUCUGGUGUGUUUUGGAAGAUCAAGAAACGAAGUAACAAGCCAGACUCUGCAGUGGAAGAAGAUACAGAAAACGAAGCAAGAAACCAUCCAAAGUCGGAUUCAGACACAUUACUCUUUACCUUUUCAGACAUUGUAAAGAUGACAAAUAACUUUGGCCGCGUCCUUGGCAAAGGAGGGUUCGGAACAGUGUACCAUGGCUACUAUAACAACCUUCAAGUCGCAGUUAAACUUUUAUCAGCAACAUCAGCUCAAAGAUUCAAAGAGUUUCGCUCUGAGGUUGAAGUUCUUGUGAGGGUUCAUCACGUAAACCUCACAGCCCUGAUUGGUUACUUCCAGGAAUCUGAUCAAAUGGGACUGGUCUAUGAGUUCAUGGCUAAUGGAAACAUGGCAGAUCAUCUCUCAGGGAAGUAUGACCAUACGUUGAGCUGGACACAAAGACUUCAGAUUUCACUUGAUGCAGCACAAGGGCUGGAGUAUCUUCAUACCGGAUGCAAACCUGCGAUAGUCCACAGAGAUGUGAAGACAUCGAACAUAUUGUUGAACGAGAAAAACAGAGCAAAACUUGCGGAUUUUGGACUAUCUAGGAGUUUUCAGACAGAGAGUCGUUCUCACGUGUCCACUCUAGUCGCUGGAACUCCAGGAUAUCUCGAUCCACUAUGUUUUAAGACAAACGAGUUAAACGAGAAGAGUGACAUCUACAGCUUUGGAGUUGUUUUAUUAGAGAUGAUUACUGGCAAUGCUGUGAUCAGUGAUUCAGAGACGAAGCGUGUGCAUGUGAGUGAUUGGGUGAUAUCCAUCUUGAAGUCUACUAAUGAUGUGAGCAACGUUGUAGAUUCUAAAAUGGGGGGAGAUUUUGAUGCGAACUCUGUUUGGAAAAUUGUGGAGCUUGCAUUGGCCUCUGUCUCUCAGAACGUUGCGGAGAGGCCUAACAUGCAACAGAUUGUUAGAGGACUCAAGGAGUGUCUUCAAAGAGAAGAGAGUAACAAGAAUCACCAAUAAGUCAAUAACACAAGCCACAAGAACGAAAAGUAAGGACAAAAGAAGAUAGUGACAUGGAGACAACGACCAAAAACGUGUUGGGCCCAUUAAACUUUUGAAGAAAACGCUGAUUCCUUAGACUUUUGCGACGCACGGUCUGUGCAUCUGUCCCCACGAAUCUCUAUUUAACCUACUCUGCGUUUUAGAACGCGAUUCUUUUUAAACCCCUGAAUCGUGAAUGAUUUCAAAAGCGCGAGUUUGAGGUAUUUAUGCAGCACGCGCGGGCGCGUCUUGUGAGCGUGUCUGAACUCUGAAUCUUUGUGCGUGUUUGCAUUGACGUCAGACAAGCUUAUAGUUGUCUUACUUGUCUCUCAGUCACUUUAAUAAUUUAAGCUAUUAAUGAUCAAAUCUAACUUAUUUAUUAUCAUCACUCUACAUCUAAUUCUUUUGUGAGCUAAUACUAAAGAUUAGUUUACGGAUACUCUGCUUUUAUUUGAUACUACAAAUUUAAUUAUGUGUAGCAUAUUUUAUG